UGGUUUCAAAGACCUUCCUAUAUUUUAGUGUAUAUAUAAAAAUAAAAAAUAUAAAUAAAUUGGAAUAUAUGUUUGAUUAGGAGGAAAUGGCUGAAAAGUUUGUUGUACUUGACUUGACCUUGCUCUAGCUUAGUUUCCUUCCAAUUUCUACAUCUUCUCUCGAUAGAUCGAUCUAUUAAUUAGUUGAACAAGGAGAAAAGAAAAGCAAGUCUAAUCUUACGUGAUUAGCGUGAGAAAUCGAUAGUGGUUAAUUUCAUCACAAUUCAUCUGCAAUGCAUCUAGAGGCGGAGACUUGGACAGCGUUGGUUGUGAUAUUGUGUUUCCUUGGUUUGAUUCUGAAGGAGUCAAUUAUGGGAGGUAAGAGUUCAAGAGAAUCUGGCGGUGAUAGGAGGCAUGUGCCAUCGUACGGUUCUGGUGGUGCUUCAUCUUCAUCUUGGGACAAUUAUGGAUACUCGCAACCGCCACCGUAUGCAUAUCAACCGUCAAUUCAACACCGGCCACCCGCCGCUCCGUAUUACGAUUAUCAACAGCCGAAAAGGAGGUUGGAUAGGAGAUAUUCCAAGAUUGCUGAUAAUUACCGUUCACUCGACGAGGUUACUGCUGCUCUUUCACAAGCUGGCCUAGAAUCUUCUAAUCUCAUUGUCGGCAUUGAUUUCACAAAAAGCAAUGAGUGGACAGGAAAGAGAUCAUUCAACCGAAAAAGUUUACAUCAUCUCGGAAAUGGCCAUAAUCCUUAUGAACAGGCGAUCUCCAUUAUUGGGACAACUCUAUCUGCCUUUGACGAGGAUAACUUGAUUCCAUGUUUUGGAUUCGGAGAUGCAUCAACACAUGAUCAAGAUGUCUUCAGUUUCUACCCAGAUGAUAGAUUCUGCAAUGGAUUUGAGGAAGUUUUGUCAAAAUACAGAGAAAUUGUUCCUCGUCUCAAACUAGCAGGACCCACUUCUUUCGCACCUAUCAUUGAGAUGGCAAUGACUAUUGUUGAGCAAAGUGGUGGCCAAUAUCAUGUCUUGCUAAUAAUUGCUGAUGGACAGGUGACCAGAAGCGUUGACACAGAGCGUGGCCAGUUAAGUCCACAGGAACAGAAGACAAUUGAUGCAAUUGUAAAAGCCAGUGAGUAUCCACUGUCAAUAGUUUUGGUGGGAGUUGGAGAUGGACCAUGGGAUAAUAAUGACAUGUGUUUUAUGUCCUGCCAGUUUGUGAAUUUUACUGAAAUAAUGUCAAAGAGUGUAGAUUCAGAAAGGAAAGAGACAGAGUUUGCUCUAUCAGCUCUGAUGGAGAUACCUUCUCAAUAUAAGGCAACCAUAGACCAUGGCAUAUUGGGUGCUCGGAGGGGAUAUUCACCGGACAGGGUUGCUUUACCUCCACCUCAAUAUGACAGGGCUUCCAGCAGCAACAACAUAUCUUUUCGCAGUAAUAGUUUUCAGCAGAGUACUCCUUCGCAUACUGUCUAUGAUAAUGCAGUUAGUACCAGUGCAGAAUCAUCACCGGGUGGCUUAUAUGAUCAUAAGCUUUGUCCAAUUUGUCUUACUAAUGGGAAGGAUAUGGCCUUUGGUUGUGGGCAUCAGACUUGUUGUAACUGUGGAGAGAAUCUUGAAUUCUGCCCCAUUUGCAGGAGCACAAUCGAUACUAGAAUAAAGCUUUACUAGUUAACUUGGCUCAAACCCUUGUUUCUGUGGCACAUGCAUACAUUGUUAGAACAAGGUUAGCUCAUAUAUCAUUCAUAAACUUAGCUUUCUAUUGAUGGCAUUGAAUAAGUAAAAAAAAGUUAACUAACGUGACAGAGUAUAUGCAGGGGACCUUGAUCGAUAUGUAGUUAGCCUUGUACACAAAACUACGUUCACGAUUUUGAACUAAUGUUCCAACUUAAUCAUACUUGUUUAUAGAGAGAGUGGGUUUCCUCCUUGUAUAUAUGAAGUUUGAUUUGUGUGUUGUGAGAAAAGGACUUGGUUCAUCUAGAUUUAUUUUGACGUAUGUAUAAUAGUAUUUGUUUUAGCUUUCUUUUCUUGCGUCUGAUUUUGGUUGAUGUAUCCCGUAGAGAAUCAGAAACUAGAUCUGUAUUAUUUGAUUUAAUUUUAUUUGAUUAGUUGCAUUUCAUGAAUUUUUAGCA